AUGUUGUUUACCUACGUCUUGUGGUGGAGUUUGGGCAUUGUUGGGCUGUUGAUGCUGGUGAUCAGGAUAGUUCAAUUGGGCUGGACUCAGCUCCGACUUCUCAACGCGAUGUCCCUGCCGGCGGACAAACAGGGGUACUGGAAAUUGAAGCAAUGGCACCGGAUGCCAGGGCUGAAGCAAUCUCUCCUUUACGCCCCGUUGUGGAAGAAGCGUCAUAACCGCGAGAUACGUCUUUCGAGCGCCAUGAACAUGGGAACGCUCCCUUCCAGAUUUCAUGCUCUUCUCCUCUUCGGUUACCUUGGCAGCAACCUGGCAUACAUGUUCAUCCUUGACUGGAAGAACGAAAACAAGUAUGCGCUCUGCGCCGAGAUCCGCGGUCGUUCAGGGACCCUCUCGCUUGUGAGCAUGAUUCCGCUCAUCAUCUUUGCUGGCCGGAACAACCCCUUGAUCUGGCUGCUCAACGUCAGCUUCGACACGUACAAUCUGUUGCACCGUUGGAUGGGCCGCGUCGUCGUCAUCGAGGUCAUUAUCCACCUCAUCGCCUGGGCCAUCGUUCAAGUGGCGGAUAACGGGUGGGCGGGCGUGAGCCAUAAGAUUCUUCACGACCCAUUCAUUACCUCCGGCACUGUCGGCGUGGCUGCCAUGACCAUCCUGCUGGUGGGGGCAUUCUCCCCUGUGCGCCAUGCCUUCUACGAGACGUUUCUCAACACGCACAUCAUCCUGGCCCUAAUUGCCUUUGUCUGCACCUGGGUGCACUGCGUAACAGCAACGGUGGAGGGCGGUCUUCCGCAGACGCCCUGGAUCCUGGCCAUUAUGAUCCUCUGGCUUGCCGAGCGAACGGCGCGGUUGUUCCGUUUGGCUUACGCCAACUGGUCCUCCCGCGGCUUCACCGAAGCCUUGGUGGAGCCCAUGCCGGGCGAGGCCUGCCGCGUGACGAUGCACCUUCCGCGCUUCGUCAACAUCAAGCCGGGACAGCACGCCUAUCUCCGUUUCGGCGGGGUCAACUGCUGGGAGAACCAUCCCUUUUCCAUCGCAUGGUACGAGCACUCUCACCAGGAGAAAACUCUCCCCGUCAGCGAGAAGGACGUCAAGGGGUUCCUAAGACCCGUCACCACCUCCGUCUCCUUCAUCAUCGGCGCCCACACGGGCUUCACCCGCAAGCUCUACAACCAGGCCGUCCGGGCCGGACACCGCGGCAUCAUGAUGCGGGCCGCCUUCGAAGGGCCGUACGCGGGCCACCACAGCAUGGACAGCUACGGCCACGUGGUGCUCUUCGCGGGCGCCACGGGCAUUACGCACCAGCUCAGCUACCUCCGGCACCUGAUCCAGGGGUACAACGACGGGACUGCGGCGACGCGGCGCGUCACGCUCGUGUGGAUUGUGCGCGACUACGAGGUUCUCGAGUGGGCGCGGCCCUGGAUGGACCAGAUCCUGCGCAUGCCCAACCGCAAGGAGGUGCUGCAGAUCCGGCUGUUUGUGACGAGGCCCAAGGCCGCCAGCCAGGUCGUGUCCGCCUCCACCACGGUUCAGAUGUUCCCCGGCCGGCCCAACAUCCCCAUGCUCCUUGCCAAAGAGGUCUACGAGCAAAAGGGCGCCAUGUGCGUCUCGGUCUGCGGGCCGGGCGGCUUGGCGGAUGACGUCAGGGACGCGGUCAGGAAGGUGCAGGAGGAGAGGACUGUUGUGGAUUUUGUCGAGGAGAGCUUUACUUGGUGA